AUGGGCGUAGAUACCUUAUACGGACAGGGUGUGACACUCAUCUGUGGUCUGCUGGCCCUCUAUAUCUUCAGGAUAACCACAGUUUAUGCAAAAUUGAGGAAAUUUCGAGGUCCUUCAUGGACUGGCAUCUCAAACUGGCCUCAUAGCAUAGCGAUACUUCGGGGAAAUUGCCACGAGUGGUAUGCAGAAGUCAACAAUAAACAUGGUCCUAUCGCCCGUGUAGCUCCCGGUGUGCUCAUUACGUCCUCCCCCGAUGUAUGGAUGCAUGUAAACAACAAGCCUGGCUAUAAACGCUCCGAUUGGUACUACAACGCCACGCGGAUCGAGUAUCGGAAAGAUAAUGUCUUUAGUCAGACGGACAAUGCAAAACACGAGCAACGGAGGAAGCAGAUGGCUCCAGGGUAUUCCGGGCGGGAGAAUCCCAACCUCGAGGGUACUAUAGAUGAGCGAGUUCAAGAGUUGCUGACUCUCGUCCGGUCCAAAUAUGUCUCCUCAGAUCAAGUCGUACCAAUGGACCUAUCAAAGAAGGUUCAGUAUUUUACCCUCGACGUAAUCAGCAGCGUUGGUCUCGGCAAGGCAUUCGGUAUGCUACAAAGUGACCAUGACGUGGAAAACUAUCUCCAAUCGACCGAGGAGGGACUUGAAAUGGCCAAUACCGCUCUCGCCUUGGGCUUCAGCUGGCUCGCUCAGGCGCCGUUUGUCGGUAGGUUUAUUGCACCCUCCCCGAAAGACAACAACGGCUUCGGUAGGAUGAUGAACGCCUGCUUCCAUCUUGUCGACGAGCGCGCUGCGAGCUCCACCGACGAACGAUCCGAUAUGCUGGCCUCUUUCAUACGUCAUGGCUUGCAUGAUGAUGAGCUGCGCACCGAGGCCCUAGAACAGAUCCUUGCAGGCUCUGACACUACCUCGGCUGCUAUUCGUGGUAUCCUUCUGCACAUCCUGACGAAUCCACGCGUCUACCUCAAGCUGCAACGCGAGAUCGACGAGGCCGUGCGCCGUGGCGAGGUUUCAAGUGCCGGCGAAGGCCUGAUUACUGCCGCGCAGGCUAAGCAGCUCCCGUAUCUUCAGGCUGUAAUCCGAGAAGGUCUACGGGUCUGUCCCCCCGUUGCAAACAUCUUCUCGCGCGAUGUCCCGGCAGGUGGCGACACUCUUGUCGUCGACGGUGAGAGCGUAUUCCUACCAGGUGGCGCCAGUAUCGGGUACUCGGCGUAUGGUAUGCACCGGAGCGAGAAAGUUUAUGGUAAGGAUGCAGACGCGUUCCGACCCGAGCGCUGGCUCACAUCGGAUCGUGCCAUGCUGGCUGAAAUGGUUCGGACCAGCGACCUUAUGUUUGGUCACGGAAAAUUCCAAUGUUUAGGCAAGGUUGUUGCUCAAAUUGAGAUUGGAAAGUUGGUAUUUGAGCUCUUGCGCAACUUCGACUUGGCGUUUAUCAACCCGACGCAUCCCUGGGAUGUGCAGAACUACCUUGGGCUUUUCGCGAUCUCAAACAUGUGGGUGCAAGUGACGAAUCGAACGCCCUGUUCUUCGUAG